CUGAAGUGCGGAGGGUGCAAUCGCGGAAGAAGGGAUGCUGGGCUGGGACCAGAGAAAGCCUGGGGUGUGGGCAGGGUGCCUGUGUGGCCUCUCUGGACCAUCCUCCUCCUGGUACGGCCCUUGGGAGGCCUAGGAUCACCCCUCUGUCCUCAGGAGCCUUUCUACUUCCUCGUUGCCAUAAUGAAGAUGCUGGGAAACAAAAAUGAUGGCACUCUCUACACCCCAGAUGAUCUCUCGGUGUGUCCUGCUGAGACUCUAGGGUGCUUCCGGCUGGAGCUGUCUGUGAUCCAGUUUGAAGAGGGCCCAUCCUUGGGGAUUGCCGUGUUCCGGCUGCAGCGUCUGCUGGAUGCACUGGGGUCCCGGCUGUGGGCCAGAGGACUUCAUGUGCAGCCCAAAGAGCCAAGGGGAAGAGGAGAGAAGGAGGAAAAUAAGAUCCAAAGCCUGAAGUCUCUGACCUCUUGGGGUGGGGGGGUAGAUAAAUUGGCCCCCAUCUGCCCCUAUUCUCCCUCUCAGACACUCCCUCCUCUCUCCUCUUCCAGGAAGGGACAAAGCAUGGCACAUGUGUCUUCUAACUGAAUCCCACCCCUAGAGGACAGGGAGGGUCUUGUACCUCAAGUCCCUGAUUGCAAAUAAUUACCACCUGGAGAGAUUUAAAGUAAUACCGAUGGCUAGGCCCCAAUCCAGAGAUUUUGAUAAUUGGUCUCUGGUGGAUCCUGAACAUCAUAGUUUUAAAAUCAACUUCAUUGAGGUGUAUUUGACAUAUAGUAAAAAGCAUACAUUUUAAGUGUACAUUUCAAUGAGUUCUGACAAAUGUAUACACACAGCCACAUUUCCAUCACCCCAAAGCAUCCCUCAUGCCCCUUCCCAGUCAAUCUUCACCUCCAGUCGUAGAUACCCACUAAUCUGCUUUCUGUCUGUAUAGAUCAGUUUUGCUUUUUCUAGAGUUUCACAUGAAUGGAA